UUUUUUAAAAUUCAAGUUAGGAAAUGUUGAUGAACGUGCAAUGCAUCGUUAUAAACAAGAUUCUUCUCGGUUAGGAAAAUCUUCUUUUGCUUUUGCUUGGAUUUUAGACCAAAAUGAGGAAGAACGGUCUCGUGGUGUUACAAUGGAUAUUGCAAAAACAAAUAUAGAGACUCCUUCUGGUAAAAAAAUUUAUAUUUUGGAUGCUCCUGGACAUAAAGAUUUUAUUCCGAAUAUGAUAAGUGGUGCUACACAAGCAGAUGCUGCUCUUUUAGUUGUGAAUUCAACACGUGGAGAAUUCGAGACGGGGUUUGAUCAGGGCGGUCAGACACGAGAACAUGCUUUGCUUGUUAGAGCGCUUGGUGUUAGCCGUUUAAUUGUUGCUGUAAACAAAUUAGACACAGCUGAUUGGUCUAAAGAACGUUAUGAUGAACUCUGCUCUAUUCUUUCCGUUUUUCUUCAAAAACGUACUGGAUUUGAAUUUGUUCAAUUUGUGCCUGUUUCUGGACUUUAUGGAAUUAAUUUGGUAAAAUGUCCGUCCUCUGAUCAUCCUUUGGCUGUUUGGUAUUUUGGAAAAGACUCUCCUACACUUGUUGAAGUUUUGGAUUCUCUACCAAUUACAUCAACUUCAACAGCCGAACAACCCCUUAGAAUUGUUGUUAAUGAUAUUCUCCGUACUUCUCCAACAAUACUUUGUGUUAGUGCAAAAGUCGAAGGAGGGCAUGUAGAGACGGGUGAUAAAUUGUUUUUGAUGCCUGAGGCGAUUGCUGUGGUUGUUAAAGCCUUAUCAAUUGAUGACUCUUCUUCGUCUACCUCUCAAUCAUCAAAAAAUAUUUCACCGCCAACAGAUCAACAGAUUUGUUUUGCGGGAGAUCAAAUAACUCUUACAUUAAGUGGAAAUUUUGAACCUGAUUCUGUUUAUCCUGGAAAUGUUUUUUGUAGAGGAGGAACAGAACUUUUACAUCCUUGCCAACGUUUUCUUGCUCGUUUAGUCACUUUUGAUAUUCGAAUGCCUAUUUUGAGAGGGGCGCAUGCAGAACUUUUUGUUCAUUCUUUACGUGUUCCUUGUGUAAUUAGUAAAUUAAAUUCAAUACAUCCUGGAUCUAAAGAAUUGGAAAAGAAAAAUCCGAGACUUUUGCCUCGUAAUGUAUCUGCUAUAGUUGAAAUUAAAACUGAACAAGCCAUUUCUGUUGAAUCUUUUAACAAAAAUAAACAAUUGGGGCGGUUGGCUCUUCGCUCUAAUGGUGAAACAAUUGCGGCGGGAAUUAUAAUUGAUGGAUAA